AUGGUCCAAAGCCACUUCCUUGUCGACUGUCUCACACGGCCUGUCCGCGACACCGCGUUGCAACACAUCAGAAGCCAUCAUAGCCGGUCGGUUAUUGCAAUGCCCGGGAAUAACCAUGAAAAUAAUGCCCCUCUAUCCGAUGGUGCGCAAUAUCCCGCACAACUCUUCUGCGGAAGAUGGUAUGGGACAAAUGACCGCUUUCAACGAGACAAAUAUCUAUUUCCAAUUGAUGAGGAAGAGCUGAAUCGUCUAGAUUUGUUCCACCACGUAUUUCACUUAGCCUGUAACAAUACCUUCUUUUUGUCGCCGCUCGACAAAACACAGCCCUUGCGAAUUCUAGACUUGGGCACUGGAACUGGCAUCUGGCCCAUAAUGCUUUCUGACCUACCCUCAUUUUUCGGUUCUUGGCCUAGACAUGAAUAUGAUUCAGCCGAGCAUGAUUCCCGCAACAAUGACGCCACCAAAACAGUUUGA